AUGGAUAUCUUCAAAGUCCUCUCGCGAGGCAUCAAAGCCCAGCCCAAGAAAAACCAGCCAGGCGCACCGCAGCUCCUUCCCUCCGCCGGAGCAAAAGUCAAUCCCCAAUUCUUCCACGACAAUGUCGGCGGCGCCAACGCCAAAAGAGGCAAGAAGAGAAAGAGGAAGGGGACUCAGGCCAACAACGCGACCGAGAGCGGAGACGAAGACGACGAUGCCAGCGACGUCGAUUACUUUGCGCCCAAGCCCACUCCCGAGGAGCUUGCCGCCAAGAAGGAUGCCGAAUUGAAGGCGGACGAGCCCAAGAAGCAAAAGCCCAAGCUUUUGGAAGAAAACGAAUGCCGACAGAUACUCAAGUCCCAUCGGUUAAAGUUCACAGUCCUAGCCGGUCGCGUGCCACAAGCCGAGGAGGCUACAGAGGAGAAGCCGCCCAAGAAGCAGAAGAAGCAGAAGGAGGACAAGAAGAAGCAGGAAGAGGAGGAAAAGAAGAAAAAGAAGAAGGACGAAGACAAAAAGCAAAUCUACUCGCAGCCGCUCAACUCGUUUGGCGAGCUCAAGUACACUUACGGCAUUCACCCCGUGUUGGCGGACAACAUCACGCGGCAGGGAUUCCGGGUGCCGACUGAGGUGCAGAUGGGCAGCUUGCCACUGCAGCUGCGACCAGAGAUGGCGUUGGAGAAGGCUACAGGUGUGGAAGACGUCAAGGUUGAAAAGGGAAUCGACUUCCUCGGUGUUGCGCCGACAGGCAGUGGCAAGACUAUCAGCUUCUUGAUUCCCGCUAUCGAUGCCAUUAUCAAAGGGAGGGCCGAGGAUUACACCCCUGAAACAGACGAGCAUAUUCUGCAGGCCAUCGUGGUUGCGCCUACGAGAGAGCUGGCAAGUCAAAUUGUCAAUGAAGGAAGGAAGUUGGCUAUCGGAACCGGCGUGCGCGUGGUUCUCAUGAAGAGGACGCUGCGGUUAGUGGCAGAGUCAAAUACGCAGGAGGAGACGGAGCAGGAGGCCAAGGAAGAGGUUAACGACAGUGAUAGCGACAGCGAAGCAGAGAGCGAGCCUGAGGAGGGUGAUCAGAAGUCCAAGAAGGAGAGGCCGAUCACCAGGGUAGACAUUCUCGUGACAACCCCCAAGAUCCUCCUCAACUUCCUCUGCGGAGGCGAAAAGGAGAAGGGCAAGCCCAGGAUCAUCAAGAAGACGCUCCCCACCGUACAAUCCCUCAUUCUUGACGAGGCCGAUGUUCUCCUCGAUCCCAUCUUCCGCAAGCAAACUAUGGGUAUCUGGCGCGCCUGCACCCACCUCAACCUCGGCAUGACGUGCUGGUCAGCCACCAUGGCCUCCAACAUUGAAGCCCUCCUCACCAAACACAUCGACAAGCGCGCCAAGCGCACCCCCGAACAGACCCCCAAGCCCCUGAUCCGCCUCGCGCUCCACGACGAGCUCAAGUACGACAUCCCGCUCGAGGCGGGCGGCUCGGCCCGCGUGGCGGUCCUGCACUCGUCGCUCCCGGACUCGGUCCGGUCCAAGAUCAUGGCCCGCUUCCGCAGCGGCGAGGUGUGGGUGCUGAUCACUACGGACGUGCUGGCGCGCGGCGUCGACUUUGCUGGCGUCAACGGCGUCGUCAAUUACGACGUGCCCGUAUCCGCCGCGGCUUACGUGCACCGUGCCGGACGCACGGGUCGCGCCGGUCGCGAGGGCGGUGUGGCCGUCACCUUUUACACCAAGGACGAUAUCCCCUUUGUCAAGUCGGUCGCCAACGUGAUCGCCAUGAGCGAGAAGCAGGCAGGCAAGGACAUCGACGAGAAAGAUACCGUCAAGGCCGCCCAGGGUAGCGUGCAAAAGUGGCUGCUGGAUGCGCUGCCCAAGGUGGCCAAGGAGGACAAGAGGAAGUUGAAGGUCAGGGGAGUGGAGAGCAGGCGGACAGGCGGAAAGGCGACGAUCACGACUAAGAGCAGUUGGGAGAGGAGGAGGGAGAAUAACAGGCGGGAGGCUAUCGAGGCUAGCAAGAGGAGAAAGAGGGAGGCGCAGAAGGCGCAGAAGGCGCAGAAGGAGGGCGGUGCUGCCCCUGAGAAGGCGGAAGAGGAGUGGACCGGCUUGGAUUAAGAAGCUGGGCGUAGCCGUCGGGGCGUUCAUGCAGAUAAUAUUGUCAUUGUGUUGACGGGCGGAUGAUUUAAAGGAUAGAUACCCUUACCGUGUAUAUGCUGGUAGACAAAAAGAAUGCUUGCUGUUGGU